UUUAGUUUCAUCUAAACCCGCUCUGCAACCCUACUGUCCGCGCCGCAGCUCUCCCGUUUCCAUUCUUCUUCUUCUUGCGUUCGCCACGUCUUUGGCCAUCUCCAACAACAGGUAUCGGGCCCGUUGCAUCCUAGGGCAACAUCACCGUCGUCCGGAGGACAAUGGCUGCUUCUGCGGCGGCGUUAGCAGAACUGGAGGAGGAGAGGGUCACUAGCAUAUACCGUGUAGCUAGGAGCAUAAAGAGGAAACAUAAUUCCCUGUACAACGCCCUCCGUUCCAUAUACGAGGACUCUAUCUUCGUGGCGGAGAUCGCCGGGCUUUGGCCGGAUCUUCCCUUAGUGGCUAACCUCCGUUGUGGACUCUGGUACUCGCCGCGGUUCGAGGCCACUUGCUACUUCAAGUCCACCGACGGCCAUGCCAACAACUGGUCUUUUAGCACCUCGCGCCUUAACCUCCACCUCGCUCUUCUCGCCGGGCAGAGAGGAGGAUGUAUUGUAGUCGAUUCUACACGCAAGGGGAAGCGCUUCCCUGACAGCAUGUCGAAGACGAUACCUAUAUGGACUUGUGUGUUGAAUCGAGCAAUAGAGCGGUGGUUAAGGAGGAUGCCAAGACAGAUUCAGGUGGAUGGCCAUCAGGACUUGAGUAUCUCAUCUAGUGAGAUCAUGGAAAGGCACAAUUCACCUGAUUGGGAUUGCUCCUUGCAUCUUCCGCUAUGGGUUUCUAAUACUGAGAGAGCUGCAAUAGAGGAUCAUAUUGAGGAAUGGACCUGGCAGUUGGAAGCUUGUGGUGCAGAUAUAGAUUCACUUGCAUCAAUAAUUCAAAAGCCACUGCGUCCUUUGUGGAUUUCUCAGAAGACUGUUAUCUGGUUGAAUGAAGUACCUAAUUAUGAUUCCUGGGAUUUCACACCUAUCAUUCUGGUUUCAGCUUCAGCAUCACAUGGAACAAUUCAACAAAGAAGCACCUCAGAAUUUAGUUGGCAUUAUAUUCCUGGAGCUGGAGAUGAUGAAGAGAGUUGGGCGCGAGGUUUACAUCCUACUUUAUUUUGGAAACAUGCAUAUAAUCUCAUUGAUUCAGGGCCUAGCAUGUGCAACCAAAAUGUUUCUGAGCUUGUUGAAAAAGACAGAGUGUACCGUGCCCAGAGGGGUGAUUUUUCUCCUCAAGUUGCAAUCAGAACUUGGAAGAAACUGACGAGCAAUGCUGAGCAGUCCUGUAUGUCUAUGACAUCUGAACUUUCAGAUUCUGUGAGUGCCAAAUCAUCCAAUUCAGAGCGUGGCUUAUACUGGAUUGGUUCAACCAAUGUUGCAGUAGGAACUACAGUGAAGGGAGAAAAUACCUAUACUUGUGCCGAUUGUAUAUUAAAUUGUGACCCCAAAUCAAUUUCACCAUGCUCUACAGAUGAUGGCUAUUUGCAUUUACCUAUUCUGUCCUCAAAGCUGGACAGAUUUUCCUUGAUGAAUAGCCUUCAUUUGGCAAUAAGGUUUGCAGGAUGGCACUUGAAAAGAGGGAAGAAACUAGUCAUUUGUUGUCACAAUGGAGAAGACAUUAGCAUAUGUGUGUGCCUUGCUAUAUUAGCAGCCUUAUUUGACGAGGAAGGUUGUUUUGAUGACGGGAAGCUCUACAAGUCCACAAUCAUAACAAAAUGGGAGAUGAGAAGGCGGCUUGUGUUUAUCUGCAAGUUUGCAGUGAAUGCGCGGCCUUCACGAGGAAAUUUGAAGCAGGUUUAUGGUUUUCUAAGAAGAGAGAGAGAACAUUUUGUUCCUACUGAUCCAGUUAGUGAUUUUGAUGUGCUUGAACAAAAGAGUUGGGCUGGUGAGGCUGAGAUUGUGGUAUCUUCUGAUGCAGUACAAUAAAUUUAUUAAAUCAUUUGAGGUUCAGAUUUGUUAAGUUUAGUGUAUUUUAUUAUUUAUGUAUGUACUUUAUUACUCAAUAAUCAUAAAAUAGGAUGUACUUAUCAUUUAUAUGAGAUUAUUUUAGGCAUGUUUUGGGCAUGAAGAGAAGCAUAUUGUUAUA